AUGACUCGACUUGGACUGUCGGAUAGUAUGCGGUCCACCGCGUCACUGGAGGAUACGGCGUCUCUACCUAUUGCAAUGCAGCACCAAGUCCCUCAUCGACGACAUGCAGUAGAAAAUGUAGCAACAUUUAGCAGGCAGGAGACGAAGCUAAAGCCCACGGUGUUCUUUGAUCCGUUGCGUGUCUUUGUAGGCAGCAUAUUAGCUGUUGUUUUGCUCUCUACAGGCGCUAGGGUGCUUUCUCCAUCGUUACACGCCUGGAGAAGCAGCUCGUCGAAGGUUGAAGAAAAGUUCGAGCAGUUGGAGAAAAGUCUCUCCCUGCUCUACAGAGAUACUGCACGACUCAAGACGACAGCUGACAAGUUCCUUCAGCAAUGCAAAGAGACGCACGUAGCAGUCUCUACGAGGAAAGAAAUUCUGCAAAACGCAGCUAUAAGAAGAUUUGACGGACAGGUAAAGACACAGACUGAAGAGCACGUGCAAGUAACGAAGGAGGUGCUCCAGUACUACGCGGAGCAGAAGCAGAAGAUCCAGGAGACGAAAGAGCGGCUAAUAAGAAUGAACAUCUCGUUGCCAGUGGAGAUUGCAAUGAGGCCAUUGCAUAUGGCUUGGCAGGAAGAGCAGAAGAUGAUAAAGGAUAGUGGAGAGCUGCUGGAGAGAGAGGAUACUCGUGCUCAUGGACUGUCUGACGCCAUGAAAGGACUCGUGCUUUUUGCGGAGACAAAUCAGCUACAAGAUAAGAAUGACUAUCAACGAUUUAGUGUGGAGAGCAUAUCGAUUCCGACUGCUGGACAUUUGGAGAGUAGCAACCAACAGUCGACAGAGCGGUCGUCGACUUGGCAUGGGUCGAUCUUCUUUUACGUCUAUGUGGUCUGUGCUUCUGCAGUUUAUCUGUGGAAUGCCAUCUUGGACACGAGGAAGAAGGAGCUGCUGGAAGACAAGUGGUCGUGGUCUCCUGUUCCAAAAGCUGUAAUUCGAUUGAAGAGGUUGCUGGGAUCACUUGUGGUCAUCGAAGACCUGCGAACACCUAGAAAUGAGGACGUCUCUCAUAAAUUGCUGGAACACAUUAAGCCCAUUGAGUGCUGA